AGAUUAGCUGGUAGGUGUGGCAUAUCCAGGAUAAAACUGCCUCUGCUCCACUACUGUCCACUCCGUCACUCUCACCCCUCUCUUUGGUUUUCAUUUCAAUUUCAAGUCUUCAGGACCCGCUAUUCCGUUGCACCAUGUCUCUGAUGUCGGCUAUGGCUACGCUCAUCAAAAUCUUUGAUGACUACGCAGGCAAAGACGGAGAUGCUUCAACCCUGAGCAACAGUGAAGUAAAAGCCCUGCUCAAAAAAGAAUUUGGCGCCAAAUGUGAGACCGCAAGUGAAAAAGCGCAAUGUGACAAAAUGUUCGCGGAUCUUGAUGCCAACGGGGAUGGCAAAGUGGACUUCACAGAGUUUGUCACCCUGGUGGCUGCCCUUACUUCCUUGAUCAAGGGGUCGAUGUGAAACACGUGUGUACACAUAACCAUUUGCGGACAGACACACUUACGGUAUAAACACACACCGUUUUACAUCAUCACAAAGCCAAGCUUGGUGUUACAAUUAGGGUAUGUUCCGUUUCAGAACCUGAAAAACAAAGUGUCACCUUUUUGUCAUAAAAAAAUAACACUGUAUGUCGCACACCCUCACAAGAAUAUGCAACUGUGCAGGUGAUAGAUGUAACAACAUGUAAUAAAUAUUUUGAAUAAAGACUA